AUUCGUGGUUGGUUGUUUGUAAGUAAGUUGUAAGCAAGUGUCCCCUGCGUUUGGUUCACGCGUCCGCACACCGACCACUUACAAACCCAUCCAAGGUCGUAACAAUUAUCCAUAACAUUAUCUUAAAUCUAUAUCAUUCGGUGCAUGUGUACCUAGUCGAGGUGACGUAUUCCGACAUUUAAAUUUAAUUAUCAGUCAGAUUAUUGCCAUUGUGAGUUAUUUAUACACGGCUGUUUGGGCACGCCGGUUCAAUUCGUCGCCGAUCACAGGUUCCGCGGAGCGAUAAGAAGACGAGCGCUGGGCCAAGACUGUGAGAAAAAAUUUCGGACGCGUCAGUUUGCAUUCGGUCUGGUGUGUUGGUGAAAUGCUGGUGAACAGAUGAUGCCUUCGAAAUUGGCACGCGACAUAUCGUUCAUCAUACUCCAGGUGUUCUGGACACUUCAUCUCUUUUACGAACACUAUAUUCUGAGGAUAAAAAGAAACACACCUACAAAGAAUGAAGCAUCGUCGCCGAGCAUAGCGUCGAACGAUCCGAAAUCGAAACGUCACGUCAUCCAGCUGAUUACCGAGCCGAGAGGCAACGCCCGUCCGUUGUGCUACAUGAAAGUGCACGAGGUGAUAUCGCCCUUCGAGGAGGAGCUACUGCGAAGGGCUUGCGCCAAAGGCAUCACCAACGAGAAUGUUAUCAACGUGGAGGAACCGACACUUCCAAAGGAAGUGGUCUCCAGGAUGUCCUUCACCAACGACUGGGUCGACUCUCUCGUCAUGACUGUAUGAUUUUUGACGGCGUUUGGCAACCCAAAAAAAAUCUCAAUUAUAAGACUUAUUGUACCAAAUGUACGAGUGAUAAAUUAUUUUGCUAGUUUUUAAGCCGUAUGUGUAAGUUUUUUAGACUAUGUAUGCUUCAAAUACACUGUUUUUUACAUUUA